UACUGUCGAUCCCCGUAUAAAGAGAUGUCGCGCACGGGACCGUCUACAGAGUAAAAGUCAAGUUGCAUUGCACGUCAUCAUGCGGAGUAUGCUUACCGAUAUCAAAAUGUCCACGUGGAAAUUGCGAUUCUUCUGUGAUUUAACGGCAUUACUCCUCGUAGAAUCGGUUGCUGCUGGCACACUGACAGCACCGGCUCUUCCUGCCAGUUCUUCCGAGUAUAACAAGGGCUUUCGCGACCGUCGCCUGCCUCACCCCAUUGACUCGUACCACGCGUUUGACGACACCUGUGUCAGCUACGUUUUGCCGACUUGCAGUGCCGCGUGGCCGGUGUGCGCCUGUAACCACACCACCGCCUACAAUGUCAGCCUCAUUUCCCGCUCUCUCGAUUUUCUCCGGAUCGGCGAGGUACACUAUCCGAAUUCAUACUCUUCUAACCGGAUGUGCCCUCCCAGCUGUCUGCACACCGAAUUCAUCCCGCUGCCGCGCCUGCCCAAUCUCCGCACCAUCGUGUUAAGUAACAUUUGGGUGGCGCCCGCUGAUCGGCCGUUUCCCGGAGUACCUUUGCCGGCUUCGCGGCAUUGGACAGAUUGGAACUCUCUCGGAAUCGCAUGUCGGCUGUUGCCGUUGACGCGUUUUCCAGCUGACACCGGCCCGUGCCCCGCCGACUCUGAAGACGGUGUGGAUCAGCGAGAACACCAUAACGCGACUGGAUUGGUCCGUCUGGGAGCCGCUAGCGCAGAGCUUAGAGGCCAUUUUUCUGGAGCAGAACGAGAUUGAGGAGGUGUACUUGAGCCAUGAUUUCGCCAUGCAGAAGGUGGGGGCGGUGCGCCUGGCCGCAAACAAGCUGAUUUGGCUUGACGAGCGUCUCCUGGCCAGCGUGUCCAGCGAAAACGCGCGACCCUUCCUGGAGAUUGAAUACAAUCCGUUCUGCCAAAGUGAUGCAGACUGUGACUGCCCAUCGCUGCGUCCAUUGUGGAAAUGGCUGAAGAAACAGCCGCGCCGCUACGUACCUCCGGGACGUGUGGUUACUUGCUGCUACGGCUACAGGGACCGUUUGACCUGUGGACCAUACCGGAUUGAUCCCCGGAAGCGAAGUUUUGAAAAGUAUAUUUAUACGCCGAAUGUUACCGGUUAUUACAGUGCCCAAAGCCUGUUCGAUCUGGCGGACAGCCGCCAGAAAUCGCUCCUGCAGUAGUCAUCGCAUAUUUUAUCCCGCAGUCGCGCGCGUUCUAUGAAUUUUAGAUAUUUUGAAACGCUACGGAAUACCAGGACUUGGAAUGUAAUUCAUGUGAUGGGCACUGAUUUUCUGACUACCAUAAAAUUGCAACGGUAUCUGCACUGUACUCAUACAUCUGUUAAU